AUGGAAUUGUACGUCAUUGCUCCAGCAAUCUCAUUUGCUACGGAGUUCAUAGUUGGUGGUAAUGACGGAUGGAAUGUGGGAGUUAACUACCAAGAGUGGGCUAAAGGCAAGCAGUUCAUUGUUGGAGACACUCUAGUUUUCCAAUACAAGCCUGGAGCUCACAAUGUGUACAAAGUGAAUGGAACCGACUUCCAAAACUGCAAUGUUCCAACAAACAAUAGCUUGGGCUUAUUCAGUGGAAAUGACACAAUUAAGUUGGCAGCCGCAGGAAAUAAAUGGUACAUUUGUGGAGUAAGCGGCCAUUGCGAUGCAGGGCAGAAGCUUAACAUAACAGUGCUAGACUCUGCCACUGCUCCAACUCCCGCCCCUGCUCCAGUUCCUAGCGCUGCUCCAACUUAUUGGCCAAAGAGGGCAUUUCCCAGAUCUUUUUAUGAAUAA